UUUCAAUUUUUGACCCAAGUUCACCAGCAAAUCACCGGCGAAUGAUGGGCAAGCGCCGCCGCCGUACCUCCUCCUCUUCCGCCACCACCUCUUCCUCCGCCACCUCUUCCUCCUCUUCUUCUUCUUCAACCACAUUCGACCAGUCAAAUCCUCAACACCUCUUCGCCGUGACACUUGCCGCUCUAUCUAAUCAUGAAAUUGGAAAACCCACAUCAGAAGCAAACUUACUAAUCCGAAAAGCCCUAGACCGUCUUCUUUUUUCUCUUCUCUCUAAAUCCCCCAAUUCGAUCAUGCAAACGCUACACGCCCCUUUAAUAUCAUUGCUCCCUGUUCUUAUCACUUCCAAGUGCUCUGAAAUUGCAUGUAGCAGUUUGGAGAUCGUGGGCACGGCCUCACUGUUUUCAAUCGAAAUGAAUGAACAAAUUGCUUUUGAUGAUGAAAUAGUGAAGGGGUUGAUUACUGCGGUAGCGAGUUCUAGGAGGAAUGUAUCGAUGGCUGCCUGCAACGCUCUUCUUGAUUUGUUCACUACAUCCGUUGGACGCUGUAAAUUGCUGGAACACUCUGCCAUUGACAAUCUUAUUUUUUGUUUCCUUCAGGUCCCUAAAUCUUCAACACCCUCUGUUUCUCUAGUUAUGGAACAACUCGAUGGCAAAACCUUUUUCACAAUAGGAUUCACGGAAGAUGAAUAUAUUAUAUCGCUUCUUCAUAUCGUAAUUAUUCUCAUCAACGACUGCACAUUGGACCAGCUGCGAAAGAUCCCAAGAGGACUCGCAAACAAUUUAUUAACGUAUUUAGCAAAGCUGUGGGCCCAAGUACACAAACAUAUAAUAAUAGACACAGUUCAAGAAUCCGAGAAACGUUUCUAUUUAAGCAAUAUUCGAACUAAUAAUCUCGCAGAAAGCUUAUUCAGACUCUCAAUGGAACGAACAUUUACCCAACCGUCGAAUUUUCAAGAGGUUAAAACGAGCAUUUUUCACGAUAAUUUCGAAUCGUUUAUUGUGAAUCACUGGGAGAAAUCGCCAUUGCUUAUAAAAAACGUCUCUAAUACUUCGUUGCGCGAUAAUGUAUUUAGUACCUUUUCGCAGUUUCUUAAGUCUAAGGAUACCGUUUCUUCGUUUCUCGAGUGUUUACUUCAAAAUCUUUCUUCUGCUAUACCGAUUGGUUCAGAUGAGUUGGAUAUAAUUAGCUUUUUAAACGAAGCAAGAGAAAAUAUAGGCUGCCCGUUAAUCUACCAACAAGAUAUUCGGGUCGUUAAAACUUCGGAUUCUAAACGCGAGAAACAUUUUUUCCGCGGGUUCGACGUACCGUAUAUUCUAAAUGCACGUGAUAUUUCGAGAUGUGAAGAAGCAUAUAACGACGGUUACACCUUUGCUCUGCGUGGAAUGGAGUUUCGUUUAAAAGACAUUGCUGCGGUUUCAGAACAGUUGACUUCGCUUUUUGGUCAACCGUCAACAGGGGUAAAUAUGUACUUAACACCUCCGAAGUCUCAGGGCUUAGCUCGUCAUCGUGAUGACCACUGUGUUGUUGUGUGUCAAAUCAGAGGAGUUAAAAGGUGGAGAAUAUUUCCGAACCCGUGCCCUCGGUUACCGCGGUUAUACGAAAACGUUGAUUACAAUUUUGAGGGUGAAAAUGGAAAUGAGAAAAUAGAUGGGUGCAAAGAGUUCUUGUUGAGAGAAGGUGACGUUUUAUACAUUCCUCGAGGCUUUCCGCACGAGGCGUGUACCGUUACCAAUGAUGAUGAAACAAACGGAAACGCUGAAUUCUCGUUGCAUCUUACUCUUGCUAUUGAGAUUGAGCCUCCAUUUGAGUGGGAAGGCUUUGUUCAUGUAGCUCUCCAUCAUUGGGGUGACACCUGUAAUCUCUCGAGUCGUAUAUCUCGCGAUUCUUCAUCUCAUGAUCUUGAUGACAUGAUUAUGCACUUGAUGCAUAUAGCGAUCAAGUUGAUUGGUAAUAUUGAUCCUACGUGUCGAAAAGCUUGUUUAGCUGGUGCAAUUUCAUAUCCAUUGGUUACCGAAGACUUUCUACAAACUCAUCAACGGUCAACUUUCAACCAUCUGCUGAGUAUAAUCAAUUCUAGCAGUAAUUUUAAUGACGUUUAUUCCAAUUUAGAAGUGGCUAUCAGAAAAAAUGAAGAUCUAUUUGAAAAUCUGAGAUGGGUCCGUCAUCUGGACCAAAAAAUGUCAUCAAUCGCGAUGGAAGAUCUUUUUCAUGUUGUGGUUCAUCAAAAGGACAAAGUCGAAGCUGCUUUCAUGGAGGCGAAGUCCAAAUUCUGCAAUGAAGUCGUAUUUGACGAUGUGGUACAUCGUUAUAGCAUGUUACUAGGAAAAUAUAGGAGCAUGCGAAAACGAUACAUGAAUGGGAUGCUAGCUUUAAGUUGCGUUUAAAUAAUAGUUUUAAUUUGUAAAUCACUUUGGUCCGAAGUGAACUUCUCUUUUUCGAGCUAUUUUAGUAGCAAGUAUUAGAGGUGGCAAAAUGGGCGGUAAUUUUCUGGUAACGGUCAAGGCAGGUUUGGACAGGUUGACCAAAAACCCUAUUUGUUUACAAAUUUUAUAUAAAUCAUUAAUCAUUAGUGUGAAUCAUGAUUGCGGAAUGUGUAUUAUCUCAGUAAUAAUUUUUUUUUAUUAUUAUUAAAGUGAUAUUUGCAAGUUUUAUGCAUAUAAACUUGGAAAGUUUUGAAUUGAAUCUUGAUGGAAAAAAUACAUAAGAAUGGCAGGUAAACGGGCAACAAACUGCGCCGUAACCCCCUUUAUGCAUUAAACAUACCCCGAUGGGUAAAUGGGUCGAAAUUAUUGCCUUUAAUAACUAUGAAUAAUUCGAGUUGCUAACAUUUCUCUUGUUAAGCCUAGUCUUGUGUAUGCCCUAAUGGGAAACCGAAGAUUAAAGAAAGGUAUGUGAAACCAGUUUUGUAAAUAUAUGAGUCGGUACAUGGUAUAUAUGAUACAGCUAUAUCUGGAUUCUAGAUUUUGGGUGCAGAACCGAUCGACUUCUUAUGGAUGCUUGGGAGUCGGGUUCGGGUGAGUUUUCACACCUUGAUAAUCGAUGUGGUAAACGAUCUCUGAGUCUUCAUCAUUGAUUGCCUCAUAUGCUGUUGACAUAGUAGACCUCCAUGCAUUUCCAUCCACCUGCAGUAUGUACUUACAGUUUUAGACUCCAAAUGUGCACGUGGCAAAAUGGACACGUCUCGUGGAUUGGAAACGGGUCGGCCCAGGUUAGGCCGCCUUGCACUCUUUAUUAAUUUAUGUUUUUUAAAUUUAUCCAUAUAGAAUCUGUUAAGUAGGAUUAUAAAAACUAUAUCAUAAUGAUGAGAAUUGUAAUCUAACCUAAGACGAUUUUGGAGGUUUUAUGCAGUUAUAUACAUUUCAGUUGCGUGUUUCCUUUCUAGUGUUUUUUUUUUAACUUAACGCAUUUGGGCCGCCAGUCCCCCCAAAACCCAUGUGCUUAUAAACGCGUUUGGGCCGUAAAUAGCGACAAGCUACCUACACGCUACGUAGCGAUAGCGAUGAAACAACGCGCGCUAGUUUAUAAAUAGUGAUACAUUAAAAGAAAAUUUUAAAAAUAUUUUAUAUGUAUAUUUUACAAAUAAAUCUGGUAAAUAUGGAAGAAUACACGCUUCUUAUUUCAACCCUGUAACAAAAAAACCCUAAAAUACACUUAUUUUUUCAAUAUACACUCGUAUUUAUUAAAAAGAAAAAAACCUAUUUAAUCGCUAUUUCAUCGUUUUUUAGGCUAAACACCUUAUAAUGGGAAGCUCCAGCUUCGCUACGCUAUUCGCUAUAGCGAGCGUAGCGAUCACUAUUGCUAUUAACAACUAUGACCAUAAUUAGAUUGUUUUUGUAUAUCCGUACCUUGUUGAUUUUGGCGUGUGCGUCAUCUAGUGUCCUGAGGCCUCUUCUUGCUUGAAGUGAAAGGAGUGGAUCAUUUGAAGAGCAAUAACUUGUGAUGAAACAGAG